CGACGCCGGUCUUCAACUGUCCAAUAAGAAACAAAUUUGUUGGUUUUUCGCGUUGCUUGCGUCUGAAUUUACACGAUGUCGUCAAUUUUUGCCAAUGUGCCUAAAGGACCGGCAAUUGAAGUUUUUGCCCUCACACAAGCGUUUAAGGAUGACGCCAGCACAAAGAAAGUCAAUUUGUCUGUGGGUGCUUACAGGACAGAUGUAGGUGAACCUUGGGUGCUGCCCGUUGUCCGCAAAACGGAAAUUUCCAUUGCAGGAGAUGAAGCAAUCAAUCAUGAGUACUUGCCCGUGACAGGUCUUGAUACAUUUACACGCGCUGCAACGGAAUUAGUCUUGGGCGCAGAUUCGGCAGCAAUCAAGGAGAAACGCGCUUUCGGUGUACAAACCAUUUCUGGAACAGGAGCUCUUCGUAUCGCGGCAGAUUUUCUGCUGCAGCAGCUGAAGCUCAACACAGUCUACUACUCGAACCCAACAUGGGAGAAUCAUCACAAAAUCUUCUUCGAUUGCGGCUUCACCAAACUGCAUUCGUAUCGCUAUUGGGAUCAAGAGAAACGCCAAUUGGACUUGAAGGGCAUGUUGGAUGACUUGGAGCAGGCGCCCGAAGGUGCUGUGGUUAUUUUGCACGCAUGUGCCCACAAUCCCACCGGCAUGGAUCCCACCCAUGAGCAAUGGAAGCAGAUUGCCGAUUUGGUAGAGCGCAAGAAACUUUUCCCACUCUUCGAUUCGGCUUAUCAAGGCUUCGCGAGCGGCAGCCCUGAUCAGGAUGCCUGGGCGAUACGCUACUUUGUGGAUCGUGGCUUUGAGCUGUUCGUGUGUCAAUCGUUUGCCAAGAACUUUGGUCUGUACUGUGAACGUGCUGGUAACUUGACAGUGGUCCAAAAAAGCGGUGCAACCAGAGAUCAGAUUCACUCCCAGCUUACGUUGAUCGUGCGCGGACAAUACUCGAAUCCCCCGGCAUAUGGAGCACGCAUUGUAUCCAAGGUAUUGAAUACCCCCGAGUUGCGCAAGGAAUGGAUGGACAGCAUUCAAUCCAUGUCGAGUCGCAUCCGCGAAAUGCGCAAACAGCUGCGUGACAAACUCGUGGCUUUGGGAACUCCGGGCACUUGGGAUCACAUUGUCAAUCAAAUUGGCAUGUUCUCAUACACCGGCCUCAACGAGAGCCAAGUUGCGGUCCUCAUCAAGGAUUACCACAUUUACUUGCUCCGCACUGGACGGAUUAAUAUGUGUGGUCUUAACACCGGUAACAUUGAUUAUGUAGCCAAGGCCAUCAACGCUGCUGUCACCGGAGUUCCAGCUGCUGUUGAGAAUAAAUUAUAAACCAACUGCUGCAUGAAUGAAACAAUAAUUACAAUAAUCAAGAGUAGACCAUUAGUGUGCACGAUUAGGCAACGAUAACGCCUGAUUUAGCGUUAUGCAUAAGUAUAAAGUUGCAUUUUCUAGAACUUAUUAAUCUGAUUGUGGAUCCGAAUGUAUUAAUUAGCAAGCUCAACAUGAAUAUACGUAAAAAAGCAUUUA